UUUAGGGGUGUACAAGCUAAACCCGCAGAGACAGAAAGAGCGAAGAGUAAGAGAAUUGCAGAAGAAAAGAUGAGUAAUGGCGAAGUAGCUCCGAAUAAUACAAUCUACAUCAACAAUCUCAACGAGAAAAUCAAACUUGAUGAGUUGAAGAAAACAUUGAAAUCAAUUUUUCAACAAUUUGGGAAUAUUUUGGAGGUUUUAGCAUUCAAGACACUGAAACAUAAAGGGCAAGCUUGGGUUGUUUUUGAAGAUGUAUCGUCAGCUACUAAUGUUCUUAGACAAAUGCAAGGAUUCCCUUUAUACGACAAACCCAUGAAAUUGCAGUAUGCAAAGACGAAAUCGGAUGUGAUAGCAAAGGCAGAUGGUACUUUCGUUCCUCGAGAGAAACGAAAGAAGCAUGAUGAACGAGCUGAUAGAAAGCGAAGAGAACAACAUCAAGAUGCUUCUCAAUCAAUGGGUCUAAAUGCUCCUUAUCCUGGUCCCUACGGUGCAGCUGUUCCUCUUCCAUAUCUUGGAGGAGUUAAACCUGUUCCAGAGGCUCCUGCUCCACCAAAUAAGAUUCUAUUCAUCGAGAAUUUGCCUCAUGAAACUACACCUGUGGUACUAGAUGGACUGCUCUCACAGUAUCCUGGGUUCAAAGAAGUUAGGAUGAUAGAUGCUAAGCCUGGGAUUGCUUUCGUGGAAUUCGGUAAUGAGUUAGAAUCCACAGUGGUAAUGCAAGCUCUUCAGGGCCGUCAGAUGACCCCACCGCACCAAAUUUUGAUAACUUAUGCAAAGAAAUAGUUUUGAGAGGCUUUUGAGGUGCUAGUCUUCUAAGACUAGGAUUGAACUCCAGCCACCACUGUACUAACCCUUUUGCGGUGAUAGUUACAUCCGAACCUCCAUUAAAUGAUCUGUCUGUUGUUUCCUUCAUUUUGUUUCAGGGUAGUAUGACAGUCUCGUAUGUAUAAUUCUAUACUGGGUUCAAUUUUUUAUUGCAUGUCCUUGUUAAAACUUUUUGGAUGUAAUCAGGUUGUCUUUACAUUACAAAGUAACUGAUAUGAUUAACAGAUACGAAUUAAGAUUUAUUCA